UUUCCGAGGGAGCAGUCUUUCGAAAAGUAUCUCACACCUACCUGAGUGAGAAACUCAACAACCAAUAUCGAUUACACUGAUUCAAACAUUUAUUAUUUUCCGGAACAGAAUUAGUUAAAACGAGAAAUACACAAACACACAGCGCUCUCGGUUUGAAUAUUUGUAACUUUUAUAUUCCAUUUUCCUGGGACUGGCAACUAGAUUGUACAUCCAACGGUCACAACCGAUUUUCGAAAUGAGUAUCGUGGCUCAAGACCAUGUAUUUUUGUCCGCUUUGCAGCCCAAAACCGCCGUCAGCACUUACGCGGUCCCGUCCGACAUCCAGCUCGGAGGAAAUGGGGCCACCCUGUCGGAUGAGAUGACCCGGGGAAAACGGGUCCAGCAGCAGGUUGCUAUGCGGCUCGCCGAGAAAUCUUCCACACUUCCGAGACAGAACGGCUCAGCCUCACACUAUACCUCCUCAGAACACGGCGGAUCUUCAACAAUGAAGUACCAGACCUUCAACCCAGGGUUCAGCUCCAAGUCCUAUGUCUACACAGGCUCCAGACCUGUCAUGGCUCCCAAUAUGUCUCACUACUCAGGCGGUUUCUCCUCCCACUCGGCGGUGGACCUGGGAGGUGGUCAGAGGGUCACCAUGGGGGGUGGAGGAAGAGGUGGAGGUGGAAGAGGAGGAGAGGGAGGAGGAGGUGGAGGGUACAAGUACCUUGAUGACAUGCGCACAGGAGGGGGUUCUCUAGGAGGAGGGGGCUACCAGGGAGGAGUGGUCUACCGGGGAGGAGGAGGGGGCAACAUGAGGGGCCAACAGAUGUCCACUGUGAUCCGGACGAUGAGCCGUGGCCCUGGGCCAGACCCAGAGGGCUCUCUGCGCUCCAUGAGGCUCCAGAACCUGCCUGCACAGCCGUCUCCGGUGGCAGCCUGGGUGGCUGCGGACGUCAGCGAUGGCUGCAGCCUGGUCUCAGACCGCGAUGCCACAUUCAGCCGCCAGCAGUCUGUCUACAGCACUGUUAGCGGAGGAGCCUACAGCUCAGGGACACAAAUGAGACAGGCAGGUGGAGGAGGAAUAGGAGGACAGGGGUCCAUGGUACCCAUGAGGCGCUCACUCAGCGGGACACUAGCCCAGAGCGGAGGGGAGAUGAUGGGGGGAGAGGAGAUGAUGUCAGUCCAGCAGCAGCAUUCCUUUAAAGGACCAGCGUUUCGCACCAUCAACAGGAUCAACAACAGGAACAACAGGAUGUCCAUGGGAUCCAUGUCUGGGGCGUCUACCUUCCCCCCCGGGGGGAACAGCAACGUCGGUGGGGGGGAUGGAGGAGGUGGGUUCGUGAUGGACCAGGUGUCGUCAGGGUCUCAGGGGAAUCUGAUGACGAUGCAGCAACAGAGACAAGCCUCUCUUCCCAGGACCAUGUCUGUCAAGAGUAUUCACAGUGUCGGGAAGGGCAUGGAUAUCUACGACGGACAGAUGGACAUGACUGGCAGCAUGGGAAACCUCAGUGGGAUUAAUAACUUGGACAUGGGCACGGCGGUGAGGUACAUGAAAGAGGACGAUGCUGCUAUGCAGGUCCUGGGAGCAGCUUAUAUUCAACACGAAUGCUACAACAACAGUGAUUCCAAGAACCAGGUGCGGCAAUAUAAGGCCAUCCCGGAGCUGGUGAGGCUGUUCAACAGUGAGAACCAGGAGGUGGCUCGCUGCGCCACAGGGGCUAUGAGGAACGUCAUCUAUGAGAACAUGGACAACAAGAUGUCUCUCAUCGAGGAGGGAGGAAUUCCACAGCUCAUAAAUGCUCUGAAGGAGAAUGAUGACGAGCUACGCAAGAACAUCACAGGUAUUCUGUGGAACCUGUCAUCCAAAGACAACCUGAAGGAGAAACUAGCCAAGGAGACGCUAGCUGAGCUCACAGAGACGAUUCUGAUCCCGCUCUCAGGAAGUGGAGACUCUGAGGUCAUCCAGCAGAGCCCCUCUGAGGUUGACAUCUUCUACAACACCACCGGAUGUCUCAGGAACCUGAGCUCAGUGAAUGAGAAGACCAGAUGUCAGAUGCGCGAGACCAACGGUCUGGUGGAUGCCCUGGUAGGAUACAUCCAGGCCUCGGUACAGGAUGGCAAGGUGGAGGAAAAGGGUGUGGAGAACUCUUUAUGUGUCCUGAGGAACCUCUCCUACCAACUGUACAGUGAGAUCCCGCCCUCAGCCCAGCUACGUCUGGAAGGACCAACCAGAGGCCAGGAAACAAGCAGGAGUGAAGCCAUUGGUUGCUUUACCCCUCAGAGCAAGAAAGUCAAAGAUAGGAAGAACCAGGACAUGGCUACGUUCACGGAGGUGGCCCGCGUACCAAAGGGUCUGGAGUGGCUGUGGCACCCCCAGGUGGUGGGGCUGUAUAACAGCGUGCUGCAGGGCUGUGAGAAUAACUCCACUACCCGCGAGGCUGCAGCCGGGGCUCUGCAGAACAUCACCGCAGGAGACAAGAGGUGGGCGGAGGUGCUGAGUCAUGUGGCUCUGGAGCAGGAGAGGAUGCUUCCUGUGAUGUUGGACAAACUGAGGACCAAUAAUGACCUGGAGCUGAAAUCCCUCACCGGCUUCCUCAGAAACCUGUCACGCCAUGCCAAGGACAAGAACGCCAUGGCCACAAAGGUAGUGAACAACCUGGUGACCGAACUGCCUGCUGACGGUCAGCAGAAGGAGCCGUCGAGCGAUGUGGUGGUCAACAUCUGUGGAACGUUGAACAACCUGGUGACCUCCAGCUCCAUCGCAGCCCGGGACAUCGUCUUCUUCGACGGGCUGCAGAAACUAGUGGCCAUUAAGAACUCCCACGACAGCAGCCCUGGGAAGCUGAAAGCAUCCAAAGCAGCGGCCACAGUCCUCUGCAACAUGUUCCAAUACAAGAAGCUGCACAAGGAAUACAAACAGAAAGGAUUCACACGACCUGACUUUGCAGACAUGACCAUCUAAAAAGGAACUCUCUUUCUGUCAAGUGGCUGGAAACACGUGAACACUUCAGUGAUCAAGGACCGUCUGUCAAACUGAGAACAUGGAGUUAGAUGGACUACACUAUAGAGUUAGAUGGACUACACUACAGAGUUAGAAGGACUACACUAUAGAGUUAGAUGGACUACACUAUAGAGUUAGAUGGACUACACUAUAGAGUUAUAUAUGGACUACACUAUAGAGUUAGAUGGACUACACUACAGAGUUAGAUGGACUACACUAUAGAGUUAUAUAUGGACUACACUAUAGAGUUAGAUGGACUACACUACAGAGUUAGAUGGACUACACUACAGACUUAGAAGGACUACACUAUAGAGUUAGAUGGACUACACUAUAGAGUUAGAUGGACUACACUACAGAGUUAGAUGGACUCUAAAGAAAGUGACAAUAAAGAUGGAACCUGUAUAGGGACGACCUUGCUGUUGUUCUAUGAUGCCAACGGAUCCUCACCUUCCCUUUGUUUUAAUGCCGUAUGUAUUCAAAGCUGUAUGUUUGAAUGUUUCAUGUUGAACGCUGUAUGGCCUUUAUGGUGGAUUCAGGGACCUUUUCUUCUCUCUUAAUGCAACAAAUCAUACUGCUGUAACUAAUCAUGACUCUUACAGUUUCUCCUGCCCCACCCAGAGAUGGUUUUGGCAUCAAUCCCAAAGACCUCUGUACUCCGUUAUGUUAACCUGGUCCCAGAUCUGUUUGUGCUGUACAGCCAACUCCUAUGGUCAUUGUCACAAGACGGCACACAACUGAUCUGGGACCAGGCUACUAUUUUGUAGCUCUUAACGGUAACACUGACUUGGUACCAAAGCAGCUGUUACAGCCCCCACCCAUGUCUGACUACAGAUAGCAGCUACUGUAAGGGAUGGCUUGCUCUGUGGAAUGAAACAGUUCUCUUUUAUACCAUCAAUGGUGCUUGUACUAAGUGGUUGAAUUAUUGAUGUUGUUUAUUGUGUUUUUGUAUUUUUUUUUUUUUUGUGUUGUCUAGGGGGUUUAUUUCUCAGACAAAACCAGAGUUCAUCACUGAUAAUUAUAAUGAGUUAUAAACCAGAAUAUCACAGCGUUAUAAUGAGUUAUAAACCAGAAUAUCACAGCGUUAUAAUGAGUUAUAAACCAGAAUAUCACAGCGUUAUAAUGAGUUAUAAACCAGAAUAUCACAGCGUUAUAAUGAGUUAUAAACCAGAGUAAUCACUGAGAGUUACAAUGAGACAUAAAUUAGAACUUGAAUGAAUGUUUUUAUGAAUGUGUGGGGAAAAAAUGGGACUACUGAUGCAUGAAUGUCCUGGAAUUAUGAUUCAGCUUUACAGGAACGUUAUGAAGUAGCCUACAUGUUGAAUAUAGAUUUAUAAAUGGAUCCUUUCUUGUUUUCAACAACGUUAGUUUUACAAGUUAAGCGGAUUUGUCAUAUCAAACUCAUAUGUCAAUGCAAUGUUUUAAGUUGAUCACUUGUCAUGACAUACUGUUUGUUUUAAUGUCUGGGGUGUUGUCAUGUAUUUUCUGGAUUGAGUCAACAAACAUAGUCCAAUAUUUAUGUUUUUAAGGCUUUGAGGGGGGGGAGGGAGCAUGUGUUCGUUGUUAUUCUCUUUAAGAGAAUGCUGUAAUAUCGGA